GUGACUAGACAUUCGGUCAUAGGAGCAGUGGAGGGGGGCGCUCGAGCCACGUCGGUGAAACAAAUCAACGCUCCGAGGCAGAUUACAAAGAGGGUCUCUGCUGCUCAGCCAGGAGCAGGAGAUCCAGGGCGAUGUCCACACCAGAUCCUCCCCCCAUUGGAGGCACCCCACGCCCAGGUCCUUCCCCUGGUCCAGGUCCCUCCCCUGGGGCAAUGCUGGGCCCCAGCCCUGGACCCUCCCCAGGCUCCUCUCAUAGUAUGAUGGGCCCCAGCCCGGGUCCUCCAUCCUCUGGACACUCCCAGGCAGGACCCUCUGGAUAUGGCCAGGACAGCAUGCACUCUCUGCACAAACCAAUGGAAAGCCUGCAUGAGAAGAGCAUGAGUGAGGAAAGCCGCUUCAGUCAGAUGAAGGGACUGUCUAUGAGACAAGGCGGGCACAGUGGGAUGGGCCCCCCACCCAGUCCUCUGGACCAACACUCACAAGGCUACCACUCUCCAUUAGGUGGCUCUGACCAUUCCAGUCCUGUCCCAUCUAAUGGUCCUCCUUCUGGUCCUCUAAUGCCAUCAUCCUCCUCUUCCUCCUCCUCUGGUGGCCCUGGCUCUGCCUCUACACCUUUAGAUGUUCCAAGUGGAGAUCAGCACACACUUGGUUCCAGUAAUCGUCCUGGUCCACCAGGUGGCUCUGGCCCAGGACCGAGCCCUGGACCCAGUCUUGGACCCAGCAUCUCCACCCUUGGAUCUGGCCUUGAACCUGGGGGUCCUACUGGCCCUGGAGGUCCUGGUGGACCAACUCCCUUCAACCAGAACCAACUCCACCAACUCAGAGCCCAAAUCAUGGCUUAUAAGAUGCUGGCUCGGGGGCAGCCCCUACCAGACCACCUACAGAUGGCUGUCCAAGGGAAGAGGCCGAUGCCUGGGAUGCAGCAGCAACAGCCCAUGCCUAGUCUGGCUCCUGGGCCUGGAGGUGGUCCUGCAGGACCAGGACCAGGGCCUGUCCCAAUGGGCUCAGGCUACAGUCGAGCACAUGGUAUGAUGGGUCCUAACAUGCCUCCACCAGGCCCAUCAGGGACCCCAACUGGAAUACAGGGACAAAACCCAAAUGGACCACCCAAGUCCUGGCCUGAAGGUCCUUUGGUAAAUGCAGCAGCCCCUUCAAACACACCACAAAAGCUGAUCCCCCCACAACCCACUGGCCGACCCUCUCCUGCGCCCCCUUCCGUUCCCCCUGCUGCCUCCCCAGUAAUGCCUCCGCAGACACAGUCCCCUGGUCAGCCAGUACAACCUACUCCCAUGAUGCCUUACCAUGCCAAGCAGAAUCGCAUUACCCCCAUUCAAAAACCCUGCGGCCUCGACCCAGUGGAGAUACUGCAGGAGAGGGAGUACAGGUUACAGGCUCGUAUCACUCAUCGUAUCGCUGAACUGGAGAACCUGCCUGGUUCUCUUGCCGGUGAUUUACGUACCAAAGCAACAAUUGAGCUUAAAGCUCUUCGACUGCUUAACUUCCAGAGACAGCUGCGUCAAGAGGUGGUGGUGUGCAUGCGCCGUGACACAGCUCUGGAGACGGCCCUCGAUCCCAAGGCCUACAAGCGUAGCAAGCGUCAGUCUCUGCGAGAGGCCCGCAUCACAGAAAAACUGGAGAAACAGCAGAAGAUUGAGCAAGAGCGCAAACGCAGGCAGAAGCAUCAGGAAUACCUCAACAGCAUCCUCCAGCACGCCAAAGACUUCAAAGAGUACCACCGCUCGAUAACAGGCAAAAUUCAGAAACUGACCAAAGCCGUGGCCACCUACCACGCCAACACUGAACGAGAGCAGAAGAAGGAGAAUGAGCGUAUCGAGAAAGAGAGGAUGAGGAGGCUCAUGGCCGAGGAUGAGGAGGGCUACCGUAAACUGAUUGACCAGAAGAAGGACAAACGUCUGGCCUAUCUGCUGCAGCAAACUGACGAGUAUGUCGCCAACCUCACUGAGCUGGUGCGAGCUCACAAGGCGGCACAGGCUCUCAAAGAAAAGAAGAAGAAGAAGAAGAAAAAGAAGAAGUUGGAGAACGCUGAAGGUCAGACUCCUGCCUUGGGCCCUGAUGGAGAGAUAAAAGUCCAGACGUUAACUGGCAUCCUCCCCCUGCAGCCUCUGGAUGAAACGAGUCAGAUGAGUGACUUGCCUGUGAAGGUCAUCCAUGUGGACAGUGGAAACAUCCUGACAGGGUUGGACGCACCUAAAGCUGGACAGUUGGACACUUGGCUGGAGAUGAACCCUGGCUAUGAGGUGGCUCCCCGUUCGGACAGUGAAGACAGCGAAGAGGAGGAAGAGGAAGAGGAGGAGGAAGAAGAGCCGCAGCCUUCAUCAACUGCAGUGGAGGAGAAGAAGAAAAUAACGGACCCCGACUGUGAGGACGUGUCGGAAGUAGAUGUUCGACACAUCAUUGAAAAUGCGAAGCAGGAUGUGGAUGAUGAGUAUAGUGGCGCAGCCUUUGCUCGAGGGCUACAGUCUUAUUACUCAGUGGCUCAUGCUGUGACAGAGAAGGUGGAGAAACAGUCCAGUUUGUUAAUAAAUGGACAACUUAAACAGUAUCAGGUUAAAGGUCUGGAGUGGCUCGUUUCCCUCUACAACAACAACCUGAAUGGGAUCCUGGCAGACGAGAUGGGUUUGGGAAAGACCAUCCAGACCAUCGCUCUCAUCACUUACCUCAUGGAGCACAAGCGUCUCAAUGGACCCUACCUCAUCAUUGUACCCCUCUCAACUCUUUCUAACUGGGUGUACGAGUUUGACAAAUGGGCACCAACAGUUGUCAAAGUGUCCUACAAGGGAUCUCCUGCUGCCAGAAGAGCCUUCGUUCCCCAGCUACGUAGUGGAAAAUUUAACGUUUUGCUCACCACCUACGAGUACAUCAUCAAGGAUAAACAAGUACUAGCCAAGAUACGUUGGAAGUACAUGAUCGUCGAUGAGGGCCACCGUAUGAAGAACCACCACUGUAAACUGACCCAGGUUCUGAACACUCACUACCUUGCCCCACGGCGAGUCCUUUUGACAGGGACGCCAUUGCAGAACAAGUUGCCCGAGCUCUGGGCACUACUCAACUUCCUCCUGCCUACCAUCUUCAAGAGUUGUAGCACGUUCGAGCAGUGGUUCAACGCUCCCUUUGCCAUGACUGGAGAGAAGAUGCCAAAUCUUUCUCUUUCUCUUCAGGUGGAUCUUAACGAAGAGGAGACCAUCUUGAUCAUCCGUCGUCUCCACAAAGUGCUUCGCCCCUUCUUGCUGCGCAGGUUAAAGAAGGAAGUGGAGGCGCAGCUUCCAGAGAAGGUGGAGUAUGUGAUCAAGUGUGACAUGUCCUCUCUUCAGAGAGUGUUGUACAGACACAUGCAGGCCAAGGGUGUUCUUCUUACUGACGGAUCAGAGAAAGAUAAGAAGGGUAAAGGAGGCACAAAGACGCUGAUGAACACCAUCAUGCAGCUGAGGAAGAUCUGCAACCACCCUUACAUGUUCCAGCAGAUAGAGGAAUCCUUUUCUGAACAUUUAGGGUUCUCUGGUGGGAUAGUCCAGGGAGCUGACCUGUAUCGGGCAUCGGGAAAGUUUGAGGUGUUGGAUCGUAUCCUGCCCAAACUGAGAGCGACAAACCACAAAGUUCUGCUCUUCUGUCAGAUGACUUCACUCAUGACCAUUAUGGAGGACUACUUUGCCUACCGCAGCUUCAAGUACCUGCGUCUGGAUGGCACCACAAAGGCUGAAGACAGAGGGAUGUUACUAAAGACGUUCAAUGAUCCAGAGUCGGAGUACUUUAUCUUCCUCCUGAGUACAAGAGCUGGAGGUCUCGGCCUCAACCUGCAGUCUGCUGACACCGUGGUCAUCUUCGACUCCGACUGGAACCCACAUCAGGAUCUGCAGGCUCAGGACAGAGCUCACCGUAUUGGUCAACAGAAUGAGGUGCGUGUGCUCCGUCUCUGUACUGUCAACAGCGUGGAGGAGAAAAUCUUGGCCGCUGCCAAGUACAAAUUGAAUGUGGACCAGAAAGUCAUCCAGGCAGGCAUGUUUGAUCAGAAGUCUUCCAGCCACGAGCGUAGGGCCUUUCUACAGGCCAUCCUGGAGCAUGAGGAGCAAGACGAGGUCUGGGGACAAGACGUGUGUCUACGCAUAAAUGAGGAGGAUGAGGUUCCAGAUGAUGAGACGGUCAACCAGAUGAUCGCGAGGAGUGAGGACGAGUUUGACCAGUUCAUGCGUAUGGACCUAGACCGGCGGCGAGAGGAGGCUCGAAAUCCGCGGAGAAAACCUCGUCUGAUGGAGGAGGAUGAGCUGCCCACUUGGAUCAUGAAAGAUGACGCCGAGGUGGAGCGGCUGACCUGCGAGGAGGAGGAGGAGAAAAUGUUUGGUCGAGGUUCUCGGCAGCGAAAAGAAGUGGACUACAGCGACUCUCUGACCGAGAAGCAGUGGCUCAAGCAGGCAAUAGAGGAGGGUACACUGGAGGAGAUGGAGGAAGAGGUGCGACACAAAAAGACGACCCGCAAGAGGAAGAGAGAUCGUGACAUAGAUCUUCCCGGUCCCUCCUCCUCGUCGGGGGGACGAGGACGAGGGGACAAAGACGAUGACGGGAAGAGACAGAGGAAGAGGGGGCGACCUCCUGCUGAGAAACUUUCCCCAAAUCCACCUGCACUCUCAAAGAAGAUGAGGAAGAUUGUGGACGCCGUCAUCAAAUACAAAGACAGCACCAGUGGGCGUCACCUGAGUGAAGUGUUCAUCCAGUUGCCGUCACGGAAAGAGCUGCCCGAGUACUACGAGCUGAUCCGCAAGCCUGUGGACUUCAGGAAGAUCAAGGAGAGGAUUAGGAGUCAUCGUUACCGGAGUCUGGGUGACCUGGAGAGAGACGUCAUGCUGCUCUUCCAGAACGCUCAGACCUUCAACCUGGAAGGAUCGCUGAUUUAUGAAGACUCCAUCGUCCUCCAGUCGGUGUUCACCAGUUUAAGGCAGAAGAUCGAGAAGGAGGAGGAAAGUGAGGGGGAGGAGAGCGAAGAUGAAGAGGAGGAGCAGGAUGAAGGAUCGGAGUCUGAAACUCGCUCAGUGAAAGUGAAGAUCCGUCUGGGGAGGAAGGAUAAAGGUGCAGAUCGGGGGAAGGGACGCAGCAGACGGACGGGACGCACCAGAGCCAAGCCUGUCGUCAGUGACGACGACUCUGAGGACGAGCAGGAAGAGGAGCGAUCCCCCAGUGCUACUGAUGAAGAGUCUUAAACUGUGCUGUGACAUGGAAGACAAGAGGGAUAAAGGGACAUUCCACUAAUUCACCGAGCACCAUGUAUACAGUAAAUACAAAAACAUGCCUCCGUCAACUCCAUCCCCCCUUAAAUUCAAAUUCCAGAGGAGUAAAAUACAAGGUUCCUGGUACGAUAAACUAAACAAUAUCAUCAUAUAAAAGACUAGUUUAUAAAGCAGUGAAUACAUCACUGCAUUAAAUUGCUUUAACACAUUUACAGAUCAUGAAAAAUCCAGUGUUUUUGCAAUAUUCAAUAUAACAAAUACAGUGUCAUGACAAAUCAUGAAACACCAACUUUUGUGCAGAAAACAAGACACUUGAGGAAGUUACUGUACGCAUUUUCCACAGAUUGAUCCUUGAUGAUGAUAAUCAAUGAAUUACAGCUCUAGUUGACACUUUAUAUCAGUUCACUUACCGCAUUAUAGUCUGUCUAAAAACACACAUGUUUGUAUUCUGUUGAAAAAGCUAGAUGUUACAAAUACUACAUGUUUUUACGUAGAUAUUUCAUUUCCUAGGACACCAAUACAAUUACUUUUCUUUUUUUCUUUUAUGCACAAACUACCAAAAUGUGUCUGUAGUGAACCUGAUGAAAAUGAACCAGUAAGUGAAGUAAACAGCGUUGAAUAUAAUCAGAGGUGACCUGAUGUUUCGCCUCUGUGGCGAUGUAACAACCGCCGGAUUACAGAUGUGUUCCGCGCAUCACAUACUGAGUGUUUACGGUGGAAAUGAAAGCAGCGGUGUUUGCACAAAGUGACGUCUCAGCAGCUCUUCAGGAACUCACCACAGUUUUUUGAUUGAGGUUUAAGUCGUGUCCAGCUCGCUCUUGAACAUUACGGUACGGCAUAAAAAACACACUACUCUCUCCUCCUUGCUGCUGCUGCUGCUGCUGCUGCUGCGUACCUGUUAUACUUCUAGUAUGAGCACUUAUAACUGUUGAUUGUAGACUUAAAGAAUCAUGAGGUUGUAUUUCAUCGACGAGUACUGUAACUUUACUUGCUUCCCCUCCUGUUAUCGUGUGAGUAGUGAUUUUAGGAUUUCAGAAUUGUUUGAUGUACUUCAGCACUUUUUUCUUUUUGGAUUCUAUCAUUUUUUCGAUUUGAAGACAAAGGACCAGAGGGACAGUGGCUCUUCUCUGCUUGUGAAUGCCUGUUGGCUGUACGGUGUUGGAUAUACUGUUUUCUUUUUUUGAAGUCCAUGCACGUGUGUACAGCCCGCUAGUUUAGUACUGUACUUUAUUUCCCCUUACGUUUACGGUUUACUAGAAUGAACGUACAACCAAAGUAUCGCCAUUUUUGCCACUAAAUUAUUGACUUGUCUGUUGUGUUGUGUCAUUAUCGCUGGAACUUCACAUGUAACAAUAAACUACAGUAAAAGUGGAA